AUGCUAUUAGUCCGCAGUCGUAUACUCGAGCGCUGUCGAAAGGCGUCAACUUCCCUACCGACCUCCAGCUACCAUGUGCCACGACCUCUCGCCGCACAACACCAGGAAGGCACCCGCUACUCACUCGCCACGAUUCAGACCGCCACUGCACCCCGCAUCUCCAUCUCACGACCGUACCACUCGCAGACACACCUCUGGCCACGCAUAAGAACGAUUGCGAGCCAGGCAUCAGCAUCUGUCCAGCCUCCGUCAUCACUAAUUCCAGGCAUGAGGAUUCUGUGCGUGGCCGAAAAGCCCUCCAUCGCUAAGAGCAUCGCCAACAUCCUGGCCCGCGGCCACCCCUCGAACAGACCAGGCAAAGACAAGUUUUGCCGAAACUAUGACUUCCAAUACAAGAUGCCCGGCGUGCAGGGCAUGGUCGACAUGACCAUGACCUCGGUCCGCGGCCACCUCACCAGCUCCGACUUUGGCCCGGCUCACAAGGCCUGGUUCUCCUGCUCGCCUGCGGAUCUCUUCCAAGCGCCCAUCGUCACCGACAUCAGCGACGACGCAAAGUCCAUCGGUGUUAAUCUACGCAUGGAGGCUCGCAAUGCGGACGCAGUCAUGAUCUGGACCGAUUGCGAUCGCGAAGGCGAGCACAUUGGAAGCGAGAUUAUCAACGAGAUCCGCAAGGUCCGCCGCAACAUCCGCGUCAUGCGCGCCCGCUUCUCCGCCAUCAUAGACUCGCAGAUCCACGCAGCUUGUCAGAACACCGUCGAACUUGACUGGAGAGCUGCGGACGCGGUCGAGUCCCGCAUCCAGCUCGACCUCCGCAUCGGCGCCGCCUUCACGCGGAUGCAGACGUUGGCGCUACAGAACCGCAUUCCCGCACUCAACGAGGGGCGGCAAGUCAUCAGCUACGGGCCCUGUCAGUUUCCGACCCUCGGCUUCGUAGUCGACAGAUACAAGAAAGUCGUCCACUUUGUGCCCGAACCGUUCUGGCUGUUACAAGUACAAAAGACGCGGAGCAUGUCCGGAGGCGACCCCUCGCCAGAUGAUCCGCCAGACGAGAUCCGCAAGGUGGUCUUCAACUGGGAUCGGGUGCACUUGUUCGACAAACGCGCCGUUCAGGUCUUCCGCGAUCUCUGCCGAGCCAACCCGGACGCCACCGUCGAAACCGUCACCAACAAGCAGACGAAGAAGUGGAAGCCGUAUCCGCUCACCACGGUCGAGCUUCAAAAGUCGGGAUCGCGUCUCCUGCGACUCGCACCCAAGCGCAUCCUCGACGUGGCCGAAUCGCUCUAUCAGAAGGGCUUCUUGUCGUAUCCAAGAACAGAGACGGAUCAAUACGACAAGGACUUUGACUUUACCAGCCUCAUCGCCAAGCAGACGGCCGAUGGUGCGUGGGGCAACAUUGCACAGCGUCUGCUGGACGGGGCCUUCGAGCGUCCUCGCCAAGGCAAGCAGAACGACAAAGCACAUCCACCGAUCCAUCCGACCUCGCACGCCAACAGUCUAACCGGAGACGACAAGCGCGUGUACGACUACGUGACCCGCCGCUUCCUCGGCAGCUGUUGGAGCGACGCCAUCGGCUCGCAGACCACGGUGGCCAUCGACAUUGCCGGCGAAAAGUUCCACGCUUCUGGACUCACCAUCCUCCAGCGCAACUACCUCGAGGUCUUCACCUACGACAAGUGGGAAGGCAAUCUCCUGCCGCCGUUUGUCCAAGGCGAGACGUUCCGCCCCACUCGACUCGAGAUGAAGGAAGGCUCCACGUCACCGCCGAAGCUGCUCACCGAGGCCGAUCUGGUCAAUCUCAUGGACAAGAACGGCAUCGGCACCGACGCCACCAUCGCCGAGCACAUCGCCAAGGUCGUUGAGCGUCGCUACGUGAUGCAGGUCAAGGAGGGCAAAGUCACCUACCUGGUCCCUUCGACCCUCGGCAUCGGCCUCGUCGAGGGCUACAAUCAGCUCAACCUCGAAAAGUCGCUCACCAAGCCGCUGCUGCGUCGCGAGACCGAGUUCCGCAUGUCGCUCAUCUGUGCUGGCCAGCGCACGAAAGCAGACACCGUGUCGGAAAGCAUCGAGGAGUAUCGGCAGGUGUUUGCACUCACGAACCGACAAUUCGAUGGCAUCGCCGCGACGGUGCUUCAGUAUCUGACCGACCCGAAUGCUGGGCAUGAAGCACGCGCAGUGGAGCUCCUGGACAGGGAGGAGGGCGAUGAGGACGGUCUUCCUGAUGAUGACAGCGAUGCAGAUAGCGACGGCGGGUUCGGCGGACCGGGAGACGGUGGCAACGGUGGCGCUCCUGCGCGUGGGCGUGGUCGCGGAAGAGCGACUGUCGCCGCUCGGGGCACUCGGGGCGCUCGUGGUGGUCGAGGUGGCGCAGCGGCAGCAGCGGCAGCAGCACGGCCGACGAGGCAACCCGAUCCACGAAACGACACCGACGAGGAAAAGAAUACCUUGUCCCCCCCACCACCACCACCAGCUCGCAUCGCUGCCCCAUCUCGCACAUUCAACGGAUCCGCUAACGAGGCGAGCGGCUCAAAGCAAUGUCUCUGCGGCGAGACCGCCGCCGAGCGAGCCACCAACAAACCAGGUCCGAACCAAGGCCGUCGCUUCUUCGCAUGCGCCAAGCCGAUGGGUGCACCUGACAAGUGCGACUUUUUCGACUGGGCCGACGCGCCUUCUGGCAGCAGCAGUACCAGAAGCACAACGACGACCACGAUUCCAGCAAAGCGAAACCAUCCUCCGGAGGGCGACUCGGACGGCUGGUCCUCCAACAUGCGCAAGACCGCCCCGGGCCCCAAACGAUGCAACUGCAGCCUGCAAGCCGAGUGCAAGGUGUCGAAUAGCGGAGCGAACGCAGGACGGUCGUACUGGACGUGUGGGCGGUCGGCUGCGCACUUGCGCUGCAAGUACUUUGAAUGGGCCGAUGAAGGCGGCGCCUCGGCCAACACUGGGUAUGGUGGAUCGUCGAAUGGAGGCAAUAGCAAUGCCGGAGGAGGCGGCAGCGGCGGGGCUAGCGGCGGAUGCUUCCGAUGCGGACAAGAGGGUCACUGGGCCUCGGACUGCCCGAAUCCACAGCAGGUAUUCUCGAACGCCAGUAGCAGCAGCAGAGGUUCAAGCAGAGGAAGCAGUCGAGGCAAGACCAGAGGGAGGGGUAAGGGUGGCUCGAAAGGUGGCGGGAAGGACGACGGCUGCUUUCGCUGCGGCAAGAAGGGCCAUUGGUCAAGCGAUUGCCCAGGCACCUGA